UUUGGCUCCGCCUCCCGCGGUCUGUGGCUGCCGGGAGCGGUCGUCUUCUUUCACGAUGGCCGCGCCGGUGACGCGGCAGGUCAGCGGCUGCGCAGGCCGGGUCCCGAGCUCGGCCGGCUCAGACACAGAACGCGGACAGCCGCUAGCGGCCGCCGUAGCGGAGCUGCCGGUGCUGGAUGCGUCUGGGAGACGGGUGACGUUCGGAACGCUGUUCCGAGAGCGGCGAGCGGUAGUGGUGUUCGUGAGGCAUUUCUUGUGUUACGUCUGUAAAGAAUAUGUCGAAGAUCUGGCCAAAAUCCCCAAGAGCUUCCUCCGAGAAGCAGACAUCACCCUCAUAGUAAUUGGACAAUCAUCAUACCAUCAUAUUGAGCCUUUCUGCAAACUGACUGGAUAUUCUCAUGAAAUCUAUGUUGAUCCUGAGAGAGAAAUUUACAAAAGAUUGGGAAUGAAAAGAGGUGAAGAAAUUUCCUCCUCUGGACAGAGCCCCCACAUAAAGUCCAACCUGCUCUCGGGAAGCCUUCAGAGCCUGUGGCGGGCAGUCACUGGCCCACUCUUUGAUUUCCAAGGAGACCCAGCUCAGCAAGGAGGAACCUUCAUUUUAGGUCCAGGUAACAACAUCCACUUUGUGCACCGAGACAGGAAUAGGUUGGAUCACAAACCCAUAAACUCUGUUUUACAGCUUGUGGGGGUUCAGCCUGUGAACUUCAUGAGCAGACCUACAGUCAUCCACGUGUGACUUAACGUGGGAUCUUCCACUUGUGAAUGGGCCCUUGAAACAUGAACCAAAAUGCCAGGCACCAUGGCUUCACUGGGGUUAUGAGACACAGAACUUAUGUGCCUAUAGAACUACGUGCUGAGGGGCAUCAGUUGUCAGAAGUGGAAUAGACAUUUUCAAUUUUAUAGCUUCUAUAAUUUUAUACAAAAUACAUAAAAGUCAAACAUUAUACAAUUAUUACUACCAUUGUUAAUAUCACUUUAUGAAUAUCCAUUCAAUAAAAGAUUUUUGGCAACUAUAAUAUAAGAAGAGGGUGCUGGAAAGAUCACUCAGUGGUUAAGAGCACUUGCUUCUCAUGCAGAGGACCCAGGACCCAGGUUUGGUUCUCAAAACUCACAUGGUAGCUCACAAUUGUCUGUAACUCCAGUUCCAGUGGAUCCAAUACCUUCUGACCUCAGGCGCUAGGUGCACAUGGGCUACACAUGCAUACCUGUUGGCAAACACUCAUACAAAUAAAACAAUAAAUAAAUCUUUUAAGAAAUACAUACAUAGUGUGUAUAGAGAAAGGAAAUAAAGAAGGGGCCAGAUAUGAUGGCACAGGCUUGAAAUCCUAGUUCUGAGAAAUGGAGACAAGAGUCUGACCUAAGCUGUAUAGAGGAAGCCUUUCUGAGAAAACUAGUUAGUUAAUGAAAGGAAGGAAUGCUUAAAGGGAAAGAAAAGCAACUCAAGUUAUCCUGUGAACAGUGUAGCCACAGAUGUAUAUGUUCUUUUAUUUUUGUAUGUUUGGGGAAAAAUAGUAAAUAAACACAGAACUGUGUCUGUGGUGAAAAUAUAGGUAUUUCUGCUUGCUUUCCAAGCUCUGCAUUUACUGUGCUCUAUCAUAAGCUUGGCUGAGUUGGGGGUAGGUCAGGAAAGAAUCUUUAAAAAUUAAAGUGAAAAUGCCUGCCUACAUUAAACUUCUUUGGAGAUUUUCUUGCACAGGGAUUGCCUCCCAAGUGAGGAUUCAUUGGACCUCUUACAGAAUGCCUGGUCAACACACGCCCACUACCUAUUGCCCUAGGAUUGUUUUGGUGGGAUAAGUUGAAGGAAAUACUUGGUUUGGUUUGGUUUGAUUUGGUUUGGUUUGGUUUACGGACUGUGCUGGGAAUAAAAAUGUUUUUAUGCAUGUGAGGACAUUCUGUUAUCACUGAGCUUCAUCCCCAGCCCUGAUCAUAUUUUAAAUAUCUAGGACAAAGGGUACCUAGAAUAUAUAGAACUCUAGAUUCUUUCCCUAGCAGUGCACAUACAUUCUGCUUUAUAAAAGGCAAUAUUAAUAUUUUUUAAAAUAUCUUUGUAAUGAGAAUGCAUGCUGUGUGAUUGAUUGGGUAUGUUAGCCCACACUAAAGAUCUCAGCAGAGGCAGUAAGACUGUGGUAGAUACUGAGUUCUGGGCUAGUCUGGGCUAUAUAUAGUGAAAUUGUGUCUCAAAAAUAACAAAAAUGUGCAGCCAGAUAUGGUGAUGCAUGAAGAGGCAGAGGCAGGAGGAUCUCUUUGAGUUCCAAGAUAGCCAAGGCUACAUAGAGAGACCCUAUCUCAAAAACAAAACAAGGACAAAUGUGUAUUGGGUUAGGUUGUAUAUUCAUAGAAUUUGCUUUUUCUCAUCCCAGGUCUGUCUUUUUUUUUUUUUUUUUUUUUUUUUAAUUUGGUUUUUUCGAGACAGGGUCUCUCUGUAUAGCCCUGGCUGUCCUGGGACUCACUCUGUAGACCAGGCUGGCCUCGAACUCAGAAAUCCGACUGCCUCUGCCUCCCAGAGUGCUGGGAUUACAGGCGUGCACCACCACCACCUGGCCCCAGAUCUGUCUUAUUUGAAAAACUUUUCAUAUUUUACCUUUCAAAGAUCUUUUGUCCCAGAAAUUCCCAUGAAAUGUAUCAUAAAAUCAAACCACUGGUAAUUCUUAGUAACUGUAGUACUACUACCUUAUCCUUUUAUAUUAAACAUAUUAAGUCACAAAACUGUAUUUUAAUGUAUUUUUACACAAGUAUAUACAGUCAAAUUUAAAUCAAUAAAAAUGAAUAUUUUCAGAA